CGCCCGACGGGGGCGGGGCGCGCCGGCCUGGGUCCUGCGGCACCGCCCGGGAAGCUGCGCGAGGCUGGCCGGCCGCCGCCACAUCCUCCGCCUCCUCCGGGUCCAGACGAGCCAAGCCGGGCCGGGGCCGAGCCGAGGGCUCCGAGGGCGCGGACGGAGCGCGGUGCGGAGCCAUGGCGCACCAGACGGGCAUCCACGCCACCAAGGAGCUGAAGGAAUUCUUUGCCAAGGCUCGGGCUGGCACCAUUCGGCUUAUCAAAGUUGUCAUUGAGGAUGAGCAGCUCGUGCUGGGUGCCUCUCGGGAGCUGGUGGGUCCCUGGGACCAGGACUACGACAGAGUCGUCCUGCCCCUGCUCGAUGCCCAGCAGCCCUGCUAUCUGCUCUAUCGCCUGGACUCGCAGAACGCCCAGGGCUUCGAGUGGCUCUUCCUCGCCUGGUCACCUGAUAAUUCCCCCGUGCGGCUGAAGAUGCUGUAUGCUGCCACACGGGCCACAGUGAAGAAGGAGUUUGGGGGCGGCCACAUCAAGGAUGAGCUCUUCGGGACUGUGAAGGAUGACCUCUCCUUUGCUGGGUACCAGAAGCACCUGUCAUCCUGUGCAGCGCCCGCCCCACUGACCUCGGCAGAGAGAGAGCUUCAGCAGAUCCGCAUUAACGAGGUGAAGACAGAGAUCAGUGUGGAGAGCAAGCACCAGACCCUGCAGGGCCUUGCCUUUCCACUGCAGUCCGAGGCCCAGCGGGCGCUGCAGCAGCUAAAACAGAAGACCGUCAACUACAUCCAGCUGAAGCUGGACCUGGAGCGGGAGACGAUCGAGCUUGUGCACACAGAGCCCACAGACGUGGCCCAGCUGCCCUCCAGGGUGCCCCGAGAUGCCGCCCGCUACCACUUCUUCCUCUACAAGCACACCCAUGAGGGUGACCCCCUCGAGUCUGUGGUGUUCAUCUACUCGAUGCCGGGCCACAGGUGCAGCAUCAGGGAGCGCAUGCUCUACUCCAGCUGCAAGAGCCGCCUCCUCGACUCUGCGGAGCAGGACUUCCUGCUGGACAUCUCCAAGAAGGGCCCCCACCACAGUGCCCUGCACUGCCUGUCCCUCCUGGUCCUGGCUGCGGUGCUGGCCACGGCCCUGGCCCAGGGCGCCCUGCCUGCCUUCCUGCCCUGUGAGCUCCAGCCACACGGCCUGGUGAACUGCAACUGGCUGUUCCUCAAGGCCGUGCCCCACUUCUCUGCGGCCGCACCCCGGGAGAACAUCACCAGUCUCUCCCUGCUCUCCAACCGCAUCCACCACCUGCACGACUCUGACUUUGCCCAUCUGUCCAGCCUACGGGACCUCAACCUCAAGUGGAACUGCCCGCCCGCCAGCCUCAGCCCCAUGCACUUCCCCUGUCACAUGACCAUAGAGCACAACACUUUCCUGGCCGUGCCCACCCUGGAGGUGCUGAACCUGAGCUACAAUGGCAUCUCCACUGUGCCCGCCCUGCCCAGUUCCCUGGUGUCCCUGUCCCUGAGCCACACCCACAUCCUGGCGCUGGACGCCCCUGCCCUCAUGGGCCUGCGUGCCCUGCGUGUCCUCUACAUGGACGGCAACUGCUACUACAAGAACCCCUGCAGCCGUGCAGUGCACGUGGCCCCAGGCGCCCUCCUGGGCCUGGGCAACCUCACGCACCUGUCACUCAAGUACAACAACCUCACAGCGGUGCCCCGCAGCCUGCCCCCCGGCCUUCAGACCCUGCUGUUGUCCUACAACCGCAUCAUCACCCUGGCCCCUGAGGACCUGGCCAACCUGGCCGCCUUGCGGGUGCUCGAUGUGGGUGGUAACUGCCGCCGCUGCGACCAUGCCCGCAACCCCUGCGUGGAGUGCCCGCGGGGCUUCCCCCAGCUGCACCCAGACACCUUCAGCCACCUGAGCCACCUCGAGGGCCUAGUGUUGAAGGACAACUCUCUCCACCGCCUGAGCUCCCAGUGGUUCUGGGGCCUGGACAGCCUCAGAGUGCUGGACCUGAGUGAGAACUUCCUAUACGACUGCAUCACCAGAACCAAGGCCUUCCGGGGCUUGGCCCGGCUGCGCCAGCUCAACCUGUCCUUCAAUUACCACAAGAGGGUGUCCUUUGCCCACCUGCAGCUGGCACCCUCCUUCCGGAGCCUGCGCUCCCUGCAGAAGCUGGACAUGCAUGGCAUCUUCUUCCGCUCGCUCAGCGAGACGACGCUGCAGCCCCUGGCCCGCCUGCCCGCGCUCCACACGCUGAGUCUGCAGAUGAACUUCAUCAGCCAGGCCCAGCUCAGCAUCUUUGGGGCUUUUCCUGGCCUGCGUGUCGUGGACCUGUCGGACAACCGUAUUAGCGGAGCUGCGGAGCCGCCGGCUGCCACGGGGGAGCUGGAUGGGGGGCACGAGCUCUGGCUGCCGCCCAGGAACCUCGCUCCAGGCCCACGGGACAGCCCCUGCUCUGAGGACUUCAUGCCAAGCUGCAGGACCCUCAGCUUCACCCUAGACCUGUCACGGAACAACCUGGUGGCAGUGCAGCCGGAGAUGUUUGCCCGGCUCUCGCACCUGCAGUGCCUGCGCCUUAGCUACAACAGCAUCUCACAGGCUGUCAACGGCUCCCAGUUCGUGCCACUGACCAGCCUGCGGGUGCUGGACCUGUCCCACAACAAGCUGGACCUGUACCAUGGGCGCUCGUUCACCGAGCUGCCGCGACUGGAGGCUCUGGACCUCAGCUACAACAGUCAGCCCUUCAGCAUGCAGGGCGUGGGCCACAACCUCAGCUUUGUGGCUCAGCUGCCCACCCUGCGCUACCUCAGCCUGGCGCACAACGACAUCCACAGCCGCGUGUCCCAGCAGCUCCGCAGCGCCUCCCUGCGGGCUCUGGACUUCAGCGGCAAUGCGCUGAGCCGGAUGUGGGCAGAGGGGGACCUCUACCUCCGCUUCUUCCAUGGCCUGAGAAGCCUGGUCCUCCUGGACCUGUCCCAGAACCGCCUGCACACCCUCCUGCCGCGCACGCUGGACAACCUCCCCAAGAGCCUGCAGCUGCUGCGCCUCCGGGACAAUUACCUGGCCUUCUUCAACUGGAGUGGCCUUGCGCUCCUGCCCAAGCUGGAAGCGCUGGACCUGGCGGGAAACCAGCUGAAAGCCCUGAGCAACGGCAGCCUGCCCGGCGGCACCCAGCUCCAGAGGCUGGACCUCAGCGGUAACAGCAUUGGCUUCGUGGACCCCGGCUUCUUCGCUCUGGCCACAAGACUGCGGGAGCUCAACCUCAGCGCCAAUGCCCUCAAGACAGUGGAGCCCUCCUGGUUUGGCUCCCUGGCGGGCACCCUGAAAAUCCUAGACGUGAGUGCCAACCCCCUGCACUGCGCCUGUGGGGCAGGCUUCGUGGACUUCCUGCUGGAGGUGCAGGCCGCCGUACCUGGGCUGCCCAGCCGCGUCAAGUGCGGCAGCCCGGGCCAGCUCCAGGGCCGCAGCAUCUUUGCGCAGGACCUACGCCUCUGCCUGGACGAGGCGCUCUCCCGGGGCUGUUUCGGCCUCUCCCUGCUGGCUGUGGCCCUGGGCCUGGCCGUGCCUGUGCUGUACCACCUCUGCGGCUGGGACCUCUGGUACUGCUCCCACCUGUGCCUGGCCUGGCUGCCCCAGCGGGGGCGGCGGCGGGGCACAGACACCCUGCUCUACGAUGCCUUUGUGGUGUUCGACAAGGCCCAGAGCGCAGUGGCCGACUGGGUGUACAACGAGCUGCGUGGGCGGCUGGAGGAGCGACGUGGGCGCCGGGCGCUCCGCCUGUGCCUGGAGGAGCGUGACUGGCUGCCCGGAAAAACACUCUUCGAGAACCUGUGGGCCUCGAUCUACUGCAGCCGCAAGACGCUGUUUGUGCUGGCCCAGACGGACCGGGUCAGCGGCCUCCUGCGGGCCAGCUUCUUGUUGGCCCAACAGCGCCUGCUGGAGGACCGCAAGGACGUGGUGGUGCUGGUGAUCCUCUGCCCCGACGCCCACCGCUCUCGCUAUGUGCGGCUGCGUCAGCGCCUCUGCCGCCAGAGCGUCCUCCUCUGGCCCCACCAGCCCAGUGGCCAGCGUGGCUUCUGGGCCCAGCUGGGCAUGGCCCUGACCAGGGACAACAGCCACUUCUACAACCGGAACUUCUGCCAGGGUCCCACGACGGCCGAGUAGCAGAGUGCCGUGGCCCCGAUCUGUGUGCUUGCCCUGCCUCCCCACCCCAACCAUGGCAGAUAGAGGGCACUCAAUAAAUGCCACUGGCAGGUCAAACAGCUGGCCCUGAGUCACUGGAGGUGUGACAGGGAGGACAGAAGGGAGAAUUGUCCUCAGGUGGGGAGUGCCAAGAGGUGAUAUGGGGGAAACUGCCCCGGAGCGAAAGGGAGCACCCGCAGCUGUGUCCAUGGGCAUCUCCUCAGGGACUUGGAGCAAGGGCACUAAACGGGGUCUCAGUCCUUCCCAGACUGCAGGCUGAGUGCCCUGCCCUCUCCACCUCCCCCUUGUGGCUCCAGGCAGCCCUGCUAAGGUGGGUGGGCUCCCCUGCAUGGUGCACAUUCUCAGCAUCUGCCUCCCUUACCUGCUGGGCUGAAAGUGGCUUGAGGGCAGAGAACCUGCAGGCCCACUUCAUUCCUGGCCCCUGGCACAGUCCUGAGUGGCAGCAUCCCUGGGGAACGUCCAUUCCCAAGCCCUGUGAGUUCCGAGGGGCGACUGUGCCCUCUGGUGGCCAACCUGUGCCAUGCCCAGGAGGUCAGCCCAGGCUGGGGAGAGGAAGGCUUGUGGGUAUAGCCCCACAGCAGGGUGCUGGGAGCCACUGAAGAUUCUAGAGUGAGCUCCCAUCCAUCCCGUUCUAUUUCUACCUAGCAUGCAUGUUGGAUCUCUGUUCUGACAGCAAAGAGACACCUAGGGGAGCCGUCACCUGGCUGCGAAGGUGGGGCCUACCUUCUCUGUCCCUGCUUCUCACGGCUGUUUACACUUAGGUGGAAGACGCAGCCACCUCGGAUGAGGAUGGAGCAUGUGUGUGUGUGUGUUUCUAGCUUUGAUAGCCAUUUAAACUUUGGGACAUUGCUGGGAGCCCCUGAGGCCCAUGUUUGGAGAUAGCCUGUGCAGGUCUGCCCUCAGUGAGUGUGUGGAAUUGGAGGGGUGAGCUCAGGCCUGGAGCCCCUGAGGUGCUUUGUCCUGAACUGGGUGCCUCACCAUCCCCACAGCUAAAUCUGCCCUUUGAGGAGCGGAAGAGACCAGUAAGGCCUGUGCAGCUGGGGCCUGGCGCUGCAAGAGAGUGGAACCGGCUUGGCUGGCCCAGGCCGGUCUAGGGCCAGCUCGGUGGGUCAGGGCCCCUGCGGCGGAAGGUCAGAGCUGGCUGCAGACUCGGCUUACUCUUGCCGCUGGAAUGUGGACAGCCCUGUGGUGGGAUGAGGCUGCUUUUGCCUUCCCGCCAGGGCACUGCUGGGAGAGAAGUACGGGCCACCCUCGCCUUUCUGACUUGGGCUUUAGGUGCUCCUGUGGCAGGCUGGUGUACUUGUUACCUGCUUGCCUGAAAGAAAGACAGAAGGACGGUUUCUGACCACCAGUCAGAAGCCCCACCGGGUCCUGUCUUGUCCUGCCGGAGGCAUGGCUGGCCCUGUUUACUUCCUCAGCCUGUGACUGGGAAGAAAACAAGAACCAUACUUCCUCUAGGCUGGAGUCUCCGGGGAGGCCCCUCAGUGAAUCUGAGACUGUUGUGGUCACAUCCAAGAGCAGGAACAGAGAGCAGGGCCCUGUGCAGGGCACCAUGCUUUGCAAGUGGGAAGCAGUUGGCCUGAUAGAACCUCCAUGUACACAGCCGGCUGCUCAUGCGCAGUCCUGGUUCAUCUGGGACCUUGAAUUCAGAAGAUCAUUUUGGAGGCCAAACCUGAGGCCUGAGGGAAGGGGGCUCCUGGGCUGGGUGGCAGUGAGUCUGGGGGGGUCCAUGGUGCAUGGUGUGACCCGCAGGGCAAAGCUCUGAUGCUGUCUGCAGGAUGGAAGGGGCAGUGCCCCAUGACCUCAGGUCCUGAGGGAGGAGCAGGCCCGGGUAGGGUUGCAGAAGGUGGUGCUCAGGUCAGAUAAGCAGGGUGAUCACCAGCCCUGUCAUUUCUGGUGUUUUGGGCCCGUGACUUCCCCUUUGGAGCCUCGGUUUGCUCAUGGGUGAAUGGGGAUGGCCAGAGUUACUCUGCAGGCUGUCACAAGAACCGCGGAAAAGUGUGUAAAGGUCUGAGAAACCCACUGGUCCUCAGCUGUCGUCAUUACCUAAGGGGCUGCUGCUGAGGCCCAUCCACUGAUGGGGCUUCGGUGUUUUGUCUCCCCUCCCAGAGGUGGAUCCUCCCUAGCCAGGGGCCCUGCCCAGGGCGCUGAGCAGUGUUCGGAGGCAGAUACGGUUGAAUCAGAGGCACAUGGAGCCAGGAGCAGGGCCAGGGGCCAUCCGCCCCCAGUGUUGGCUCCUGUGAUUUUUGCUGUCAGGGAGCCGUGAGUGCCAGACAAGCAGGGGUCUGGGCACAAGACUUUGGAAAACCUGGUAGGAGGAACACUAUAAUGUGAGGAAAUCCUGCUGGCUGGGGUUUUAAAUUACAACUCACCCAUUUCCCUCUAGGACACUUUAUUGAAUGCCCUAAUCUUCUAAAUAUUCUUGGAAAACUUCCAGGCCAUCAUACAUUUUCACAUGUGUUCUUAUCAGAAACCACGCUUCUCAUUUUUAAGCAGUUUGCAAACCCCAUCCGCCUCCCCGCAGAUCAGCGUGUCACCCCGGUGCGCGGUCCCCCAAGCUGCAGGAGCAAAGUGGAGCUGACCACCUGAUGACCCUCUGCUCUGAGCUGCAGGAGAAGGAGGGGCUUGCCAAGUGCAGAGCAGCAUUCCCCAGGCCAGAGGGAAGGCUGCCUGGGAGGAGGCGGAGGGCGGCAGGCAGGGGAAGGCCAGGACAAUGGGGAACACCCGCCAGCUGGCGUGAGCGUGCCCAGCCGGGAGGGCUGAGGGAGGCCUUUCCCAGCAGAUAGGAGCACCGUGACGUGACCUCCCUUGGGCGGCUGGUCUUAUCCGACGGGACCAGGAGUCCGCUGAGUUCUCCCGGGUGCUGGGCCCGGAAGGGUGUGCGUGCCCAUUCCCAGCCUGCUGGGUGGGGGGCCAGGACAACGCUCUCUCGAGUGCAGCACGCUGCCCCUUCUGGAGCUGAGGGAGGCUGCUGGUUUCUGUUCAGUUCACCUCUUUGACUUGGAUGUUAUCAUUGGUCCCUGUUACGGGCUGGAUGUGUGUGUCCCCCCCAAACUCCUGCGUCAAAGCCCCAGCCUCAGUGUGGUGAUGUCUGGAGGUGAGGCCUUUGGAAGGUGACCAGGUUUAGAUGAGCUCAUGAGGCGAGUCCUCCUGGUGGGAUUAGAGGUCUUACAGGUGAGAAAGGUCCUGUGGUUUUAUAGCGAGAAGACAGCGGUCUAAAGCCAGGAAAAGGGGUCUCUCCAGGAACCCACUCUGCCAGCACCUUGGUAUCAGCCUUCCUGGCCUCCACAUCUGGGAGGAAUCCGCGGGUGUUAGUUCAGCCACCCAGCCUGGGUGACUGGUUACAGAGCCCAAGCUGACUGCCCCUUUCCUUCAUUGAACACACAUUUGCUCGGUGCCUGGGCAGGUGGUGGGGAUGCAGGAGUGAAGACAGGGCAAACCAUGGACGGGGGGGCAGGGGGAGCACUGAAGUGACCCCUGGUGGUGACAGAGCUUUGAAGGGCACCGUGUUAGAGGCCAAGCAGUGGGGAGAAGGCAGGAGGGGCUGCUGUAGCCCCUGGGGCUCACGGACGGUCUCCUUAGGGACCCUUGUCCUACGUGAAGAGUGGUGGCUGUGCCAUGAUCCAUGGUAGAAAAAAUCCAGGAAAGGGACAUGGUCUGGAAGCUGGAGAAGCCGGGGGAUCUGAGGCCCAGGGGUGCGCACCAGCACGCGCCAGGAUGGGUCCCUGAGCAGAGUGGUGUCCGCCUGUGCAAGGAAUCUAGAGUUUAACCUGAGUGCCACUGGGAGACCCAGACGAUUUCUGCAUGGGACAGACAUGAUCUGAUUUAUAUUUUUAAAAGCUCUCUUGGCUGCUGUGUGGGACUGAGGCGGGGGCAGGUGCCAGGAUGAGGUGGCGUGAUGGAGGAGGUGGAAAGUGGCCUGGAUGCGUCUCAUGAGAAGGACAGCUGACUUCCGUUUGAGAGGGCAGAGUUGCUGGGUGGAUGAUGGUAGGGCAAGGGUGCAAGCAGAACGGAUGAGACACAGGGUGCCCUGUGCACCUGUGUGGCUCGAGGUGUGGGGCUGAUGGCAGUCAGCAAUGUCCAGCUCAAACUGAAAACCCAGGGCAGGGAGAGGCCACGUGGUGGGAGGGGAAAGGGUUAUGUGCAGUUAGGAGAUGAACCCAGUGGGCGCUCAACACUCACAGGAGGACCAGCUUGUGAAGGAGGA